AUGCUGUUCUCAAACCCUUGUCUCUACUCCUUGACAGGUGAGCCGGUGAAGAAGAACUCCAAGUUCUAUGACCGCUAUGAGCUCCAUGGCAAGACUUUUGCCCCGUCGUUCGUUGGGUUCUGCAAGAACUGCGAGAAAGCGGGGAGGUCGCACUUCGGCAACCAGAAGCUGUGUCAGAUGUCCUUCCGUGUCGUAUACAUGGUCAAGAAACAGGUCCCCGAGGCCAGCGACGUUGAGUGCUGUCAAGUGACAGAAGGACUUCAGGCCGUCCCCAAGAUGAUGUACGUCGACCGCGAGCAUGCACUCGUCUACAUCCAAGCCCCAACAGCAUCGCAGGACACCAAGGUGAUCAAGAUCAGCUGCCCGGAUGUUGUGAAGAUCCGCUUUCGAGAGCACAACAUCAACAAGAUGUUCAUGAAGCUGGGAGACUACAAGGCCCCCUGCGAAGUGUGGUUCAGCAGCGAAGACGACUCUCAACUCUACCUUGCUUACAUCAGGCAGUUUCUGAGUAGCAGAGCUGUUGGGAUUGAGCACUUGUCUCUCGCCGUCACCAUCACAGGCAACACGGGCUGCGAGAAAGUCAAGCAUGCAAUCGGCAAGCCGGUACCCAUCACGUUGCUCCCUACCCUCAUCCCGCACACCGAGCUUGAGGUCUACAACUUGGAGCUGAAGAGUUUCGAGCCCCCGAGCAACGCUCUGCUCAUGCCGCAUUACGCCAUGUCUCCUUCCUACUCGCCCCAGCAGGAGAGGACGCGAGAAGGGGAAAGGGAGGAGGGAGGAGCAGAUUCAGCAUGUGAAGAAGAGGGAUAUCCUCGUGACGGGGGAGGUAGCGCGAGCGCGAGCAGAGGAGUUCAUCAGGAAGCAGCAUCUGAUGGAAGAGCAAGAGCUGAGCGACGGGGAGGAGGAGGAGGAUCGAUCCGUAUCCAUGGUCAAGGGGGAGACGGCGUCCCGCGGCGCGGACGGAAAAGCAUAAGGAGCAUGAGGAGCACAGAGGCCCAGCCGGUCUUCCUCCUUGAGAAGACGGCCCAGGACUGGAAGCUGAGCAACUUCUCCUCGGAGGAGCUGGCGAAGGCCAGGAACAUGCUGACACGGGAGGUCGACCUGCUCCUAGAUCAGCAGCACGGUCAGGUGGAGGUGGGGGAGAGAGCGAGGUCGGUGAGGUCAGCAAGGAGCACGAGUCACGCGUACCAGAAGGCGCUGAACAGUCUCACCCUCAAUAUUCAGUACGACAGGUGGAUCGAGGUGCAGCAGCCGAAGCAGCUUGAAAUUCCCACGGACGGCUUCUCUGUCGAGCAGCAUCUACGAGCCUACAAGAAGCUUCGAGGCCUCCCAAUGGAGGCUGGGCUGACCCAUGAGCAGACUGCCGACGCCAUUGAGAAGAAGUGUGCUUUCAUCGAGUUCAGCAAUCAACUAAGUGAGAUCGAGGCGAUAAAAGAGCAAGAGAAGGAGCUGCGACAGGAGAUGUUCGGGGAGUUCAUCAAGGGGUUGGGAGGGGAGAAGUUGGGGGCGGAUCAGCUGCGGGAGUUCGAAGUCAGGUUUGCCCGCAAGAUAGAGCAAGAUCGCGUCAUGAAACUCGACGACACCGAGAAGGAGCAGUACCUUCGCAUCCUCCACGGCUUCAAGAACAGCCUGGCAGACAAGGACAGGAGGAGGAAGAACGGCAAGAAGAUCACUGACUGCUUCCUCGCACACCCCAUCGGCCUGCCUCUUCCUCCCGAAGUACAGAAGAGGUGCUGA